AUGGCUGGGAUCCUAUCAAAGACCCUGUCGGAGGUUCAUCCGACACUCCGAACAAAUGGUAUGGGUAUUGGUAACACGCAUAGACGAAUUUCGUUGGGAUUCUUCCCUGUGAACAAGAAGAACCCAUUGGUGAGAAAAUAUCGAAGAAAACAUGCCAAGGCUGAUCAGAGAAGUUACUUGUCUUUGGGUGAUGAUUUCGGUAGUAGUGUUCACGAACCGAAUUUGUACCUAAGAGAAAUGGUCGAUGAGGAAAAUACGAUCGAUGAAGAGGACGGUGGUGAACUUAGCAGAACCGUAUCACUACCUUCCAGAGUUUCUGAGACGCCGGACGUCUCUUCACCGGAUUUGGACUGGAUUCUACAGGAACAUGAAAGAAGAUACUCAUCUGCUUACAAUUCGGACAACGAGGAACCGCAGGAGUACGAUAGCUUUAAUCGACUCUAUGGACGAGAUUUGGACUAUGACGAAUUUAUGCAUCGUUUGCAAGCUCAAAAGGUAGCUGGAGAUCAGGAAAGAACCAGGAAAGUGCGAAGACCCUCGUAUAUCUCUGUGACUAGUCGUGGUAGCAUUCCAAUGAUUUAUCAGCAGUAUCGGGAUAGAGAAUCUGAAGAUUUUGGUCACGAAACUGUCACCUUUGAAUCAGAGGCUAAAGUAUUAGCGGGUUAUUCUUUCCCGCUGAUAUUCACUUUUCUGCUCGAGCAAAUCUUUCCGAUGGUCUGUUCUUUGACUGUCGGUCAUCUGGGCAAAAAUGAGCUGGCUGCUGUCUCUCUGGCAUCUAUGACAUCCAAUAUCACUUUAGCAGUUUUUGGAGGAAUUGCUACUAGUUUGGAUACUCUAUGCCCCCAAGCAUAUGGUUCUGGUCGCUAUUACAGUGUGGGAGUUCAUUUACAAAGAUGCAUAGCGCUUUCGAUGGUUAUAUAUAUCCCAUUUGCAUUCUUUUGGUACUUUUCAGAGUUUUUCCUGUCUUUUGUAGUCCCAGAGAAGGAGCUAAUAGCAUUGACGGCCAAAUUUCUGAGAGUUCUAAUCUUGGGAGCACCAGCAUACAUCCUUUUUGAGAAUUUGAAAAGGUUUUUACAAGCUCAGGGGAUCUUUGAUGCAGGUAUUUACGUUCUAGCGAUUUGUGCUCCUUCUAAUGUCCUCAUCAGUUACCUUCUUGUCUGGAACAAAUAUAUUGGAGUUGGUUUCAUUGGAUCAGCGAUUGCUGUGGUGAUCAAUUUUUGGUUGAUGUUCAUACUUUUGCUGUGCUACACUAUCUUCGUCAAUGGGAAAAGAUGCUGGGGUGGAUUCACAAAGAAAGCUUUGACUCAUUGGAAAGAUCUGAGUCACCUGGCUAUCUCUGGAAUCAUAAUGCUGGAAGCAGAGGAGUUAUCCUACGAACUUCUGACUUUAUUCAGUGCUUAUUUCGGCACAAGCUAUUUAGCGGCCCAGUCCGCUGUCUCGACUAUGUCAGCGCUUCUCUACAUGGUACCUUUUGCUAUUGGUAUCGCUACUUCAACAAGAAUCGGAAAUUUCAUCGGUUCCAAGAGACCUGACUGUGCUCAGCUAUCUUCCAAAAUCGGUAUUGGAUUUGCAUGUAUCGGUGGCCUAACAAAUUGCUGCCUACUAGUCUUUAGUCGUAACUUUAUUGCCAACAUAUUUUCCAAGGACGAAGAAGUUAUUGCACUAAUAAGGCAAAUCCUACCAGUGGUUGGUAUAGUCCAAAAUUUCGAUUCCCUCAACGCAGUUGCUGGAGCCUGUUUAAGAGGUCAAGGUAUGCAAGCUCUAGGAAGUAUUGUGAAUCUUGUCGUCUACUACCUUUUCGCCAUCCCGCUCGCCCUGGUGCUAAGCUCUCUCGCAGGGCUGAAAUUAUACGGUCUAUGGAUAGGUAUUGGAAGUGGUAUGCUAGCUAUCGGCGUGAUAGAAGCAUACUACGUGUUGUUCCCGAACUGGGAGAGAAUUAUGAAUUACGCCGAAAUGCUCAAGGAAACCGAGGAGGAUGAGGAUUCGGAUGCUAACAGUUAUUUUACAGAUUCUGACGAUGAUCCAGACGAGACUAGUCAUCUCUUGGCCAACUGA